AUGUCCGCGUCUAGUCCCAUCUCCGACUAUCAGACGGAGCGAACCAACUUCCUGUCAUGGCUCGAAGACCAAGCUCGCCUUAUCAGACUGCAGCCGAAGUCAGAUACCAUUGCAGAUGUCAAAGUGAGCCUGCGUGAACAAGGCAUUGAGUACGUCGGUCGACUCACACAAGCUUCCCUUGCCACGGCUUGUGACGAAAAUGGCCAUAAUCGCAUCACUGCAAUUGACUAUUUUUACAAGUUUGAUGUUCCCAAAAUCUGCAAUUUGCUCCGGAUAAGGAUGCCACAGCUGGCCUUGAGACUUGGUAUCAACCCUAAGUGCGACAUGUGUGUUCAUUUCAUCAUUAUGAAUAUUCUGGCUGAGCCUGGCUUCUAG